UCCGUAAAUAGUCGCGUCACACAACGCCGGUAAUAAUAAUAAUAAUAAUAAUAAUAAUUAAAAAAAAAAAAAAAAACCCACGGAGGGCUUCACUAUGAGAUGCGACAGAGCGCGUGCGGAGUGACUGAUGCCUGACGCGCUGCGCUCUAACGAAACGCGUAACACGCACGCAGCGGACCGGAUCGGGAUGCACAGUUUACACUGAUCUCGCUCAGCGUUCACAGUUGCGCCCGCGUGAUUUUUAUUCUUUUUAUUAUUAUUAUUAUUAUUAAUUGUGUUGGAAAGUUUGCGCGCUCCCGUGUCGAGAGGGUGAAUGCCCGCGCCUGCGUGCACGCGUCCCGAUUCGAGCGCCAACUUCACACGGCCAGCUUUGGGCAAACGGAGAGGACCCGAGCUCUGCUGCUCCGCUCAGUUCAGCAUGAAGUCUGCGGAAGAAGAGGCUUUUAGCUACACGCCAAAUGUGAGUCUGUCUCUCCCACUUGGCAUGGCCAAUCCCUGCCUGGCAUCUCAGUACCACAGUCUUCAAUCAAGCCCCGUCAUUUCAGUCUCAUCAUGCCACCAAGCGAGCUACGGACUCCACGAGAGCGCCAUGGCUCCGAACUACUACUUCCCCGGGCUCCGUCCCAAUGGCGCACCCCCUUUGGAAAGGCCACGCAUUGAGAUCACUACUUAUGGCCAGAUGCCUGAGGAAGAGGUGGAGGAAAGUGGGACCAUGGGCCCUGUGGCUAAGCGAGUCAAUAUCGUGACCUUGACCUUGCCCAGUGCUGAUGGGUACCGCGACCCAAGCAGUCUGAGUCCAGCAAGUAGCUGCAACUCUGAGGCUUCAUAUGAGUCUGGUUUCUACAACUAUGAAAAUUCACCCCAGAACUCACCGUGGCAAUCGCCCUGUGUCUCGCCCAAAGGCACAUCCAUUUCUAUGCUGUCUUGCCCCCCUCAUGGGCAUGCCCCUGGUCCAUCCCCUCGUCACUCCCCUUCCACCUCUCCCAACGAUGACAUCGGAAGUCAUGGCAAGCGGAAGUAUAGCUUCAACGGCACCCCUUAUGGGCACGCAUCAGGCAUCUCGCCCAACCACUCGCCCGGGGCUUCGCCUCAGGGUUCACCAAGGCUUGAAGAAAACUGGCUGGGAACCACUAACCAGUACACCAAUUCAGCCAUCGUGGCAGCCAUCAACGCCCUCAGUACAGACGGCUUACCCGAUCUCGGGGAUGGUGUUCCCAACAAGAGCCGGAAGACCAGCGUAGAGCACAAUUCCAGCAUGAGCCUGAAGGUGGAGCCGGCAAACGACGAUCUAGGCACGGAUCUCGGCCAGGAGGACUAUACCAACUCAAACCGUAUGCCAUUCAAGAAGGAGAGCUAUUGCUCAGGAUUCCUGGAUGUUCCUCCUCACCCAUACUCGUGGCCCAAGCCCAAACCUUACCUCAGCCCGUCUCUGCCGGCUCUUGAUUGGCAGCUGCCGUCCUGCUCAGGUCCUUACAAUCUGCAGAUCGAGGUGCAGCCCAAAUCUCACCACCGUGCCCACUAUGAGACGGAGGGCAGCCGAGGGGCAGUGAAGGCCCCGUCAGGAGGGCACCCUGUGGUGCAGCUUUACGGCUACAUGGAGAGCGAGCCACUAACACUCCAGCUCUUCAUUGGCACGGCAGAUGACCGACUUCUGCGACCGCACGCUUUCUACCAGGUUCACCGCAUCACCGGCAAGACUGUCUCCACUGCCAGCCACGAGGCCAUGCAAUCCAAUACCAAGGUGCUGGAGAUCCCUCUGCUGCCUGAGAACAACAUGAGAGCCAUAAUCGACUGUGCUGGAAUCCUGAAGCUCCGAAACUCAGACAUCGAGCUGAGGAAGGGCGAGACGGACAUCGGACGCAAAAACACUCGCGUCCGAAUGGUGUUCCGCGUCCACAUCAACCAGCCCAACGGCAGGACCGUGUCUUUACAAGCCGCGUCCAACCCCAUAGAGUGCUCCCAGCGCUCAGCACAGGAGCUGCCUAUGGUGGACAAGCAGAGCCUGGACAGCUACCCAGCAUCAGGAGGGAAAAGGAUGCUCCUAAGCGGACAUAACUUCCUACCCGAAUCCAAAGUCAUGUUUGUGGAGAAGGCCCAAGAUGGACAUCAUGUAUGGGAGACAGAAGCCAACGUGGACAAGGAUUCUCGCAAAUCUACUUCUUUGGUGGUGGAGAUCCCUCCUUACCGCAAUCAGAGGAUAUCCAGCGCCGUGCCUGUUAGCUUCUACGUCUGCAACGGCAAGAGGAAGAGGAGCCAGUAUCAGCGCUUUACCUACCUGCCGUGCAACGUUCCGAUGAUAAAGACAGAGCCGGCUGAUGACUAUGAGUCCCGGAUGUCCAUACAUGCAAAUCCCUACUUCGGCCAGCAGAGACUGCCUACCAUGAUGCCUUUGGAUGACCCUGAGCCCUGCAUGGUGGCCAGCUAUGCCCCCUGUGCGUCUCGCCCCACCCCCAUGCUAUGCUCUUCCCCCAGCUCUAGCCCUAAGCUCCAUGACCUUUCGCCUGUACCCUUUCCUAAGUGCCUGAGCAACAGCCCUACACACUCCACCAUGCCUGGAGGUAUGGCAUCCAUGCAGGAUCCUCCCACCCACCAUGGGCUGGCCCUGCCCAGCUCCCCUGACCCCACCUCCCUCGCCAUGCAUCACCCUCAGGGUAGUCCACACCUUGGCAGCCCUUCAUACCACCCCCUCUACCCCAACAGUAGUCCCUCCUCCUCUCCUAACUCCCAUCCCUCAACGCCCGGGGCUGCAACUGAAAGCCCUUAUCUGGCCACCUUUGGCUCCACCCAGCCCGGAGGAAGCUCACCCACCCUGUUAGCAGACGAUCACGCCUCCCCUGUUCUGCCUGUUACCAUCAAACAAGAACCGCAGGAGCUCGACCAAAUGUAUCUGGAUGAUGUCAACGAGAUUAUCAGGAACGACCUAUCCUGCACUUCCGCUCACGGUCACUCAUAGAUGUCCACGAACUUGCCUGACGAAAGAAGGGACCAAGAUGUCUUCCCUCUGAAGCCACCCGCAAUUGGACAAUCAGUCCUCGUGUUUAGAGGAACUUCUCCGAAAUCGACGUGACGUCAUGUUUCACAUGAAAGGCCUUAAAUUCCACGGUGUAUAAAAAGCACCAUGAAAAGCAGUGACUGUUUCAUUUGUUGGUUGUUCUAGUUCUUGUUCUUGCUCUUGCCUUAAAACGUUAGAACUGCUCUAUACGGUGGACCAAGAUCUCACAAAGACUUUCAUCUUCUUCUCUUCUUGAUGUGUGAGCGUGCUGGCGUUCAGGACCGACGCUGUCCGGAUGGCGUUUCAUAGCGAUUAGUCCCGACUGGUUCAUCACACGGGACAGAUUCUGCAGUGCCUUGCUGCACGUACAAGUACCGGGGAUGCAAUUCCGUUCAUCUUCUUCACUUCACUUCCUUUUUUUUUUUUUUUUAUACCUUUACACUUUGGUCGCUCAUUUGUUUACAGUAAAUAUGAAAGGCUGGAAUGUGUACGUAGAUAUGUGUGUGGAAACGUGUGAAUAAAGUAGACCUGUGUUUAGACCAUGUUUUUUUUUUUUUUAUACACCAUAUACAUAUAAAGAUGUUGCUAGUUGUCUUUGUAUAAACGUGUAUGUUUAAUGUGCUGUAUAUAUGCCUUAAUGAACCUUUGUCAUUCCCUGUGUAGUGCAUGGUCUCUUGGUGAAAUCAGAGCACCAAUUGGACUACCUCCUUGAUGCCCUCAUACCCCAGGACUAUAGCGAGAAUCAAAGUGGUUAACGAGCUUCGACCAAGAAUCGCAGGAUUCCAGUUCAGAGACAAGAAUAGCACUUAUUCCUGUAGUAGUGGUCACUAACCAGUUUCCUGGAGAUCAUGGCUCUGUCCCAAAUUUUAGGAGUCAUAACCAGUUAGGCUAAAAUGGCAGUUUUUAAAAUAGCUUUUAUCUAAAACUAGCAAACAUUAGAACAUAGUAGCUGUGUGUUCAUGUUAAACAAAUCUCUUUCUUAUCUUUAACAGAACCGAUUUUGCAAUUUUAUACCACAGCGCUCUUGAAUAAUGCAUUCUGAUUGGUCAAAGGGUGCGGAUCCAUUUUCUGUACCAAAACAGUUUGGACAGUGUUUCCGCCUGCAUUUUAUCAAUGCGCUCGUUCUAAUACGGUUUAGUUUCUAUGGCAACACAAAUUUUGUACGGUGGAUGCUCCGUGUAAACAGAUUUUCAUAAACAGACGCAUGUAGUUGUUGAUAUAGUGACGUUUCUACCUGUGAGGACGUUAUUAUUUAGCAUUUUCGGAAGGAGUCUCUGGUGUGAGUGUUUCGUAACAGUCAGAGGUAAAGCUGUAAAAGUUUUUUGUCAGGAUUGUGAGGGCUUUUUUGUAGGGCUUUUUUUUUUAUUAUUAUUAUUUUAUUUUUUAAUUAUUAUUAAGAUCACGAGGAAGACAAAUAAAGCCUGGUGAAGGACGGACUGUUUAUAGCUGCUAAAUGGAAGCGAUAAUAGUAACUGGAUGUUCCAUAACAUUAAACGUAACUGUAAAGAGAUUAAAAAUAAAUAAAUAAAUAGCAUGUACAACACACAAUUGCAGUUGUUAAAUUGCUGUGGAGUAAGUGGAAUAAACCACUUUGCAACGCGCUACUGUUAGGGGAAAAUAAUGAACAUGCGACCUCAUGUUUUAUUCCUUACGUUGGACGAAUGGCGUUGUCAUACUGGUUGCUGGUUGCCUCGUGUACAGGUUUGGUCGAAGAAAUCAGGGUUGCCAUGUAGUUCCC